UAAUACAUAUUAUUUAGGUCUUAAUUCAUAACCGGAAUAAAAGUUUAAAUAAAAGUUUGAAUCAGCCCUUUUUCCGCACUACUACUACUAGUACUACUACUACUAGUAGGGUAAUCUUUCUACAAAUGUCAUUUUAUGGUUUUAAAAACUGCCUAAAAUAAUGAAUCAACAAUAUUUUGUUCAUUACUGGAGUUAAGUGGGAUUCAAGAAAAUUUGUAAUCAAGUCGUGUUCCUUCAGUUUCUUCACCAAAAUAAGUUUUCGGGCCGUCUUUCCAAAGCAAUGUGACACAUGUACACUGAAGAGAUGUAGAGUUUCCACCAAAUAAUUAGAAAAGAGCGUUUAUCUUUAACAUCAGGGAAAUAUUUAUCCAUCCAUCCGUAACCUGCCAUUGAUGGCUAGUUCAGCCGUUUCAGUUUGACUGGCAUUAUUACUCUGGAAGUGAGCAUUGUUGAUGGGAAAUGCUUUAACAGAGAUACUGAAAUGAUUUAAAGUAGAAUAAGAUCACACAGAUAAGAUCUACAGCGUGAUGGACACAAUAACUCCAGCUUUUAUUACAGAGCUGCUGCUUUAGAGAGACAGGAACUCUAUUUAUGUAAAAACUCCUCAUAGAAGUAUGGAAGCCCUUUGUAACUAAAAAUCUGAUGUUGUCAAACAAUUUAAACUUUAAUUACAUGUUUCUGUGUGUGAUCUUGACAUUGUCCCAUAUAACGCGUUUAUAAGGUUUGUGUAUUUAGUUCUGCGCAUGUCCGCUUUUAAGUUUCGAUUCCAAUACAACCGUUGAAAGGAAAGUGAAACUGAAGCUGGGCAGGAAUGUGUUUUCACAGCUCAGCUGAGUCAGACCUGCUUAGUUUAUUUCCAGGAUGGUAAGUAUGAGGGCGAGUCUCCCUCCAGGAGUUAAACCUGCUAAAUGAAACCAAGAGUUCAGAGAUGUGGAGGUUUUUUCCAGCUCUGUGGCGUCCACACUUAGGAAUGAGAGGCCUUAUCAACUACAAUCUGUCCUGCUGUGUGAACACAUUGCUGCAGACCUUCUCUGCUACCUGGGAAUUAGCAGAUCUACUAGAAAAGUGGGAAGCAGCUGGUGUGAGAGCGGACAGUCGUAAUCUUCCCCUGCAGCUAAAGAGAGUCCUCGCGGCCAUGCGGGGCGACCUUCCUCAGCUGGCUCCACAUCGCGACUUCCUCCACUGUCUGGACAGAAACUGCAUUCGACUUAAUACGCAGCAUGACGCCAACGAGGUGUUCCUCUCCAUUUUAAACUUCACGCAGCAGCAGAUGGAUGACCAAGUUCUGGCUCUUCAAAUCCAGAAUCUGUACAAGAUUUCAGUGGGAACAUACCUGCAGUGUUUGGAGUGUGGCUCCAUCCAAACUCUAAACAGCUACCUGCUCAGUCUGCCUCUACAUAUAAAGGAAGAUCCCAACACUCUGGAAGACUGCAUGACUUCUUUCUUUGAGCCUCAGGAGCUGAGGGACAGAAACUGCUGCUUUUGUCCACAAUGUGGAACUAAGAAACCAUCCAGAAAGGGCAUGAAAGUCCGCUCCCUGCCUCGCAUCUUGUGCGUGCACCUGGAACGAUUUAGGAACAAUCGGGGUUUAACCUACAAACUUGACUGCAGAGUUACUUUUCCAGAAGCCUUUGACCUCUCCGAGAUACUGACGGAAGCAUUCUCUGCAGACUUUGCACAGAACAACUGCAAGUACACUUUGUAUGGGGUGGUGGUGCACUCUGGCUCCGCAGGCUUCGGUCACUACACCGCCUACGUUCGUGACAAGGUGAACAAGCACUGGUACUAUGCAGAUGACAGCCACAUACAGCAGGUCUCCUGGGAAAAGGUGAAGACAACAUAUGGAGGACGUGAUCGAGGGACAGCAUAUAUGUUGAUGUAUAGAAGAAAUUCAGGAGAAGAGGGACAACAGCCUGAAUUCUCUGGAUAAUGAAGCAGUGGAAAGAUGGAUGAACAUAGGCAAACCCAAACUUUUUAUGUUCUUGAAGUAACUUAUUGCAUUUGGAUAGGUUUGGAUAUACUGUGUAUGUUUUUUCUUUCUGUUUUUUUCUGACUUUGUGGCUCUUAUCAGGAAUGAGCUCAUCAGGAAUGUGAACCAGCAGUGUGAUUGUUGUCAGUGACCAGUAGGUGUAGCUCAAGACUGAAAGCAUGAACAGUUUCCCCCUCAGACCACACACACUGUAAACACACUCGGUGACACAGGGGGGCGGUGGGUUUGAAGGGAAUGCUUAGCUUUGACAUUUAAAGGAAAUACCUGCAAUAUGACUAAUUUUCCCAACAAUUUUACAAAUAAGUUGCUUACAAAGAGAAUGAACUAAUUUUUUUAUCUUGUUUUUCUGGAAGAAUAAUCAAUUAUCACCAUGUCAGCUGUGAUUUUAUGAAGUUUUAUCUUUCCACUGUUAAAAACCGAUCACCAGAAUUUGUUAUUCAUUUACUGAUGCAAAAACACCACCAACUGUGUGUGUGUGCUUCUGCAUGUUAAGGGAACCAUCCAGUGAAAAGAGGGGAAAUGCGGUAGAUGCAGCCACGGUGUGUAAACAGCGCUCGCUGCAGCCCGUCAGUCGAGCCACUGAAGUUCCCAGUCGCUCAGCCAAGAGUCUGGGAAACGUGUGAAAUGGUUCCUAUGUGCUGCAGAGCGCUGACUGAAUGGAACAUGUCUGCACAGGGCCAGAGGCAGCAGGGCGUCGUGCUUAGUCAUCUCUGUGCUGUGUAGCACAGAUGCAGUCUUUUUACAGCUUUAGAAGGUAUCUUCUCACGGUCAGAGCGCAGGAAGCUGUUAGAUGUUUGGCUUGACCUGAGUUGGUGUCGCUGAUACGGUCAGCUGCUUUGAAUUUCGUUGGUGACGGAAGAUCAUAAAUCUUUCUCAGAAUGAAACAACGCUGACAUUUAAAACGGUCCUGAGUCUUCAAUCAAUAUGUGCCACAACUUUGGGUUUUAGAUGCCUUACAUGCUUUCAUUCAAGCACAUAUUAACAAAUCAAUAAUUUUUACAGAUGUGUUGCUUGCAUUAAAUUUAAUGGUAAAAUGUCACAUUUUCAGCAUCUGAUAUGCUGUUUAUGUUAUAUUGUGAAUUAAAUCUGGGUUCAUACGAUUCUCAGAUCAUUGCAUUUUGUUUUUAUUUACAUUUUACACAGCUUCACAACUAUUUGGAAUUAGGGUAUAUGUAUAUAUAUAUAUAUAUAGUUCAGUAUAAGAGCACUAAUAUCUCCAUUGAAGCCAAAUGUGCAAUGAAGGGUUCAUUUUGGUGUUAAAGCUGUUCAAAGUGGAACUAAUUAAACCAUUUUAUAUCCUGUUGAUUGGUUUGGUUAAUAAAAUGCUGUAUAUUGUAUUUAGAAAUCA